AUGUCGUCAAACACUAGUGGUCUACGAAGUAGCUCUGGCAAGUUAGCUCGUGCUCGAACCCUUUUUCAUGAGAUGAUUGAGGACAGCGCGGAGUUCAGGCGCGUGACUGAAGAGGACCUGACUUCACUCAAGGAGCUUGGCCAACAGACAAAGAGCUUUUGGAUUGCCGAUAGAAAGGUGCAGAUGGAUGCGUGGGAGGACUACCAAACGAACGUUAUUUCUCAAUAUGAUAUAAUCGAAGAACUCAUUGGUGGCCAGCAUAAAGGCUGUGAAAGCCUGAAGGCAGCUAUGGAUCUGGCGUUUGAUAGGGCGCAGUGGUCACAGAAAAGGUAUGAUUGUUAUUGUGCGUGGUAUAUUGCCUCAUUUCCUUAG